UCAGAAGAUGCUGAAAGAUACCUAACCAGUGUAUGGCUGGUCUGGUUUGUUCCUGCAGUGCACACUCUUGUAGUCGUGUUGAGCCUUCCUCUGAAUCUUAUGGCAAUCCUUAUGUUUGUGGUCAAACUAAAGCUUAAGAAACCAGCCGUUGUGUACAUGCUCAACCUGGCUUCCGCUGAUGUGCUCUUGGCGAGCGUGCUGCCUUUUAAGAUUUCCUACCAUUUCUCUGGACACAAUUGGACCUUUGGACCUGAAAUGUGCCGUAUUGUCACUGCCACCUUCUACUGCAAUAUGUACUGCUCCAUGCUGCUGAUGACGGCAAUAAGCACUGACCGUUUCCUGGCAGUGGUAUACCCAAUGCAGGCUCUGUCGUGGCGCACCGUCAGGCGUGCCUCUGUGGUGUGCUCUGUCAUCUGGCUUGUAGCCAUAGCUGGCGUUAUACCUCUGCUCAUCACAGAACAAACAAAGAGAAUCCCUCAGUUAAACAUCACUACCUGCCUUGAUGUGAUGGAGUUCUCUGUUAUUAUGAAAAUGUUUCGUUAUUAUUUUCCUGCAAUAACUGUUUUCUUCUUUUUUAUACCAGUAAUAAUUUCUACCACCUGCUAUGUGUGCAUUAUAAAAAAUCUUAGCUCAUCUGAAAUUACUGCUACAGAGCCUGGUAAGAAGAGGCGGGCCAUACUCUUGUCUGUAGCUGUCCUGUGUUCUUUCAUCCUUUGUUUUGGUCCAACAAAUGUCUUCGUGUUAGUGCAAAGCUUAUUCUUACCACCUGAUCAACCACCGAAGAGCCUCUCUUACGCCAUUAUGCUAUCAGUCUGUAUCAGCACCAUUAAUUGUUGCAUUGACCCCUUGAUUUAUUAUUAUGCUUAUUCUGGGUGUCGAAGAAAGGUCAAGAAGCUCCUGUGCUGUAAAGAGCAUUCUGAGCUUGGAAAAGGAAGUCAGACAACCAGUAGUAACAUGGCAACCUUUUCUAGUGAAUAA